AUGUACCGGCCGAAUAGUAUGUUCUACCAGCACAGCAUUUUCAGCGAAAUAAAAACGGAAAACGACGGAUAUUCAUUUAAUACAGUAAAAAUGUCUGACUCCUCAGACGAAUCCUUUCGCGAGGACUUGAGCGCCCCUAAACCAAUUAUCAAUCAAGUAACCGAAAGGGCGGUAUCGAAUGACUCAAAGAAAUCAAAGCAACAGAAAUGCAACGUUUGCGGUAAAACCCUCUCGUCGGCGUCCAGUUACUACGUUCACAUGAAAAAACAUUCAAACAACAAACCGUACCAUUGCACCCACUGCGACGCCUCCUUCUGUCGAAAACCUUACUUAGAGGUCCACCUGCGGACGCACACGGGCGAGAAACCGUUCGAGUGCGACAUAUGCCAGAAGAAGUUCACGCAGAAAUCCAGCCUGAACACGCACAAGCGCAGCCACACGGGCCUCCGGCCGUUCGCCUGCGAGGUCUGCUUCAAGCGCUUCUCGGUGAAGUCCUAUCUGGUGGCGCACCGGUGGAGCCACGCCGCCUCCAACGGCAUCGCCUGCGGCCUGUGCUCGACCACCUUCCACAACAAGAGCUCCUACAUGUGCCACAUGCAGUCGCACAACACGGCCGGCUUCAAGUGCAACAGCUGCCACAAGAUCUUCGCCAAGGAGUCGUUCCUCAUCAGGCACAAGACGCGGGUGCACAACAAGUCGUUGCGGGAUUAG